CUCUGAACCGCCAUGUCCUUGCAAUGCUUGCAUCCAAUAUAUGUCAUUUGAACCCUGCACAAGCCUCGAAGUAACCCCCAAUACUCCCUGCACAACUCCAGACCUCGGAUUCUGAGAAGUGCGUUUGGUAUUCUUCGCUGAUACACGAGGCAGGCUUGGGUGCCUAGAGUCUAGAGAGGUGCGGGAACGAUCAGUGACUGCAUCUCUUAACUCGGACAGACCAGUUAGCACACACCGCGUAUCCCGUUUUCAGGACCGCAGCUGUACCAGUGGGCGGUUUACUGACUGACAUGUACCAAACGCUGUGCCUCCGGUGCGGGACACUCGGUUUGGCCAUACCGACUGCCAAUGCACCGCAUCGCCGCCCUUUUGUACUAUGACUCGCAGCCGCCCCGUCGGGUCCCUUAAAGGCGUCGGCAUGCUGUCGCUCCUCAUCUCAUCUGUGUCGCGUCUGCCCGCCUCGACCCUCCGCUAUCCCCUUCUUAUCGGCAUCGAGUACAAGUCCGGCAAACACGACGUCGACGCAUUGAACUACAUCCUUCGGGAUCUUCACAGCUUCAAAGACUAUCUCACGAAGAGUGCAGACUGGCCAGAAGGCACCAUUACACUCAUGUUUGAAGGCGCGGACGAUCUGCUGGAACCUUCACGAGAGAACAUUUUGACACAGAUCCGUCGCCUCGUGGAGAAUGCGCAACCAGACGAUCUCAUCGUCUUCUUAUACUUAGGCCAUGGAUGUCAAACUCUGAACGAGACUGGAACGGAGGCAGAUCGUUUGGACGAAAACAUCCUUACAAGCAAUCACGCCGGCUGGCCACAGGAUAAGAACGGGGGCAAGUUACCUACUCGACGCGCCUGUGAUCUUGCUUGCGACCACCCUUACUAUGAGAAGUAUCGGGGUGUUAUUUCGGACAACGAGCUUAGAGAGCUGUUAGUGAAUCCUGUACCGGCUGGUGCCCAGUUGCUUGCAUUCAUUGAGACAUGUCAUUCGGAGACUAUGCUUGACUCCUCUCGAUGGAAGCGCAAAUGCGCGCGGGCGCUGUCUAGAAUCCCAUCCGCAUACGACCAGGUUGUCAGAUGCGUCCGCAGGACGAACUUCACCCGUCUAUCAUCCAUGGAUUACGAUCUCAUCGUCUUCUUAUACUUAGGCCAUGGAUGUCAAACUCUGAACGAGACUGGAACGGAGGCAGAUCGUUUGGACGAAAACAUCCUUACAAGCAAUCACGCCGGCUGGCCACAGGAUAAGAACGGGGGCAAGUUACCUACUCGACGCGCCUGUGAUCUUGCUUGCGACCACCCUUACUAUGAGAAGUAUCGGGGUGUUAUUUCGGACAACGAGCUUAGAGAGCUGUUAGUGAAUCCUGUACCGGCUGGUGCCCAGUUGCUUGCAUUCAUUGAGACAUGUCAUUCGGAGACUAUGCUUGACCUAGACUCCUCUCGAUGGAAGCGCAAAUGCGCGCGGGCGCUGUCUAGAAUCCCAUCCGCAUACGACCAGGUUGUCAGAUGCGUCCGCAGGACGAACUUCACCCGUCUAUCAUCCAUGGAUUGUAGGGCCAACCCCGCCGAUUUGAUCGGGCCGCCCUCAAAGAUUGCAGCUCAGAAUCAUGCUCCGCAACGUGGCGACAGCUAUGAUGACAAGUACUUCCUCAAGAGUCCCCGCGGAUACGAUUUAGGAGAUCCUUGGGUGGUUUAUUUAUCUUCCGCGAGGGAUGACCAGACGUCUUUGUCUGAUGAGUGGACGAUGAUGCGCGUCGUUAUUGAACAUCUAGAGGCCCAACGUAACGAAGGCCGACGAACCACCGUCUUAGAGUUGCAGGAACACGUCAAGGACCGGCUGGCGCAGCUGCGUCUCGAGUCAAUACGGAAAAAUGGUACCGUCGAGAAAGGGCGUGAAGAAGCUCUUAAAAAGAGUCUCCGCAAACGUGUGACCCCUCAGGUGUCUACUCUGGACAAGAAGAUGCUUCAUACUGUCCUCGAAAUUUAGAGGAUGCGGUUCUUGUGCCGUUUGAGGAAUACAUGCAUCUUCCCCAUGGACCUAUCACGGCCAUAAUCAUAGCUCACUGAUACCAUCGGACACCCAUGAUACCCCCGUACAUCUUACAGCGAUUUAUGACAUUUGUGCUUCUCUUUCACAGCUUUGCUUGUAAACUGUAGCUUUAGCAAACUCUGGUACUCUGC